CGUUACCAUACGAUAGUACUAAUGCGCUCUCACCGACUUCCAGCCAUCUACUUGUGCUUCCGAUUUCCCAGAAGGCCGCGUCCUUUCUUUGCUUUGGUUCCAAGAGCUCCGAUGACGACGAGCCCGACGUCAACAAGGAACCGCCAAUUGCCCCCUUCCCUCGUCGCCAAUCUCCAAAACGUCCUCGCAGGCCGAAAGCCCCCCGGCGGCGAUGGCGUGGAGGGGGAUUCGGCUGCGGCACCGGUCGAAGCCGCCGCUGAUUCGGACCCAGCCGUGGAUGGACCGAGGAGGCCCGUCGUUCUGGUGACCAACGCCGACGGGAUCAGCUCCCUGGGGCUCACCCAUCUCGUGGAGGCGCUCGUUCGCAUCGGGCAGUAUGACGUCUACGUCUGCGCUCUGGAAUCGGACAUGUCUGCCUCUGCUCAUUCAGUAACAGUUCAUCGGACGCUUGCAGCAACGUCCGCUCCGAUUGAAGGCGCCAAAGGUUUUGAGUCUGGACAUCCUGCUGAUUGCAUAUCCUUGGCUUUGUCCGGGGCAUUGUUUUCCUGGUCCAAUCCUGCACUGGUCAUCUCCGGAAUUAACAAGGGACCAAAUUGCGGGGAACGGAUGCAGAAGGAGGAGAGUCGAGAAAGUGAUUUCAAGGAUGCAGUUGAAGUUUGUUUACCUCUGAUAAAGGCAGCGAUGAGGGACAUCGAAAAGGGUCUGUUCCCUAGGAAAUGUCUGCUGAACAUAGAAAUUCCCACAGCUCCAUCUAAAAAUAAGGGCUUCAAGUUAACCAAACACAGCUUCUGGAGGUCUAUCCGCAGUUGGCAAGCUGUAUCCAGAAAUAGGUACCCUGCUGCUGGCCAUUUCAUGUCUAUGAAUCAAGGCCUCGGUGCACAGCUUGCACAGCUUAACCGAGAUGCCUCUGCUGCGGGAGCAGCUCGCCGCAGCGGCGGUCAAAGUAAAAUGCUGGAAACAGAAUCAGUUGCAGCUGCUGGAAAACCCGACCAGAGAGAAGUGGUGAAGAAAUUGUUCCGUCUAGAGCUUCUUGAGAUGCAACAGGAAGAUCCGGAUGAAGAUCUCGAUUUCAGGGCCUUGAAGAAUGGUUAUAUCGCUGUUACACCUCUGCAUUUAGAUAUGCAUGUGGAGUCGCAGAUCCGAGCGUGUGUCGGAUAG